AUGCUGCUGGUGCUCCAAGGCACAGUGCUGAAACUGCUGAGUCAGCACAUGCAAGCCAGCGCAACACCUAUCAGCUCCCAAAAAACAAUGCAGCCACAACAGUACAGUGCUACACCUGAGCCAGAACAGAGCAGCCACCGCGGGCCGGCGGGCGGCCGCGCCGGGAGCGGCCGCGGGGGGCUGGCCGUGCGGCUGGGGGCGUGGGCGAGAGGACCGGCCAACUCCGCCCCGCCACCGCCCCUGGCCGCCGCGCCGCGGGGACGUGCACUCGCUCGGCAGGCCAUGGAGGCGGCGCGGCGGCGGCUGCGGGCGGGCGGCGGGGCGCGGGCCCGGCGCUCCGCGCUGCUGCUGCUGUUGCUGGCGGCGGCGCUGGGAGGCGAGGCGGCGGAGGCGGAGGAGCCGCGCCCGGCGCGGCAGCGGGGGGACGAGCAGUGCCAUUACUACGCGGGGGGGCAGGUCUACCCCGGGGAGGCGGCUCGCGUGCCCGUCUCCGACCACUCGCUGCACCUCAGCCAGGCCAAGAUCUCCAAGCCAGCACCUUACUGGGAAGGAACAGCAGUCAUUAAUGGAGAGUUUAAAGAGCUGAAAUUAACAGAUUAUGAAGGAAAAUACCUUGUCUUCUUCUUCUACCCUCUCGACUUCACAUUUGUAUGUCCAACUGAGAUAAUCGCCUUCAGUGACAGAAUUGGAGAAUUCAGAGCAAUAAAUACCGAAGUAGUAGCAUGUUCUGUGGAUUCAAAGUUCACUCACUUAGCAUGGAUUAAUACUCCUCGAAAACAAGGAGGACUUGGACCUAUGAAGAUUCCACUUCUUUCAGAUUUGACGCACCAAAUUUCAAAGGAUUAUGGAGUAUAUCUGGAAGAUCAAGGGCAUACACUUAGAGGCCUUUUCAUUAUUGAUGAUAAAAGAAUCCUUCGACAGAUCACAAUGAAUGACCUUCCUGUUGGGAGAUCAGUGGAUGAAACGCUUCGUUUAGUACAAGCAUUCCAAUACACCGACAAACAUGGAGAAGUGUGCCCUGCUGGUUGGAAACCUGGCAGUGAAACAAUAAUUCCAGAUCCAGCUGGAAAACUGAAGUAUUUUGAUAAACUAAACUGAGGCUCUCUCCUAUGACCUAUAUAAUUCAACACAUUCAACUUGAUUUUUGCCAAUAAAAUUUCAUUAAUUUUGUUAUUUUAA